AAGGGGCUAAAAAGGAUCCGAAGUAUUUUAAGUAUUCAGCCAGCUACAGAAGUGACCAAUUCACAGUCAAUAAAAAUAACAAGCUUUGAUAUGGCAAAAAAUUAUCCAAAAAUAAAUUUUCAGAUGUUAACAAAUUUCUGCAACAACUGAUGGUAAACCUUUAAUUCUCAAAGAUAAGCAAUCUGCUCUGGCUAUUCAAAUUAUAUUGCUGAUCAGUGCAAAUACAAUUAUAAUUGAAGGUGUUUGACAAAUUGAGACUGAUUUCUUGACCAAUGCCUGCAGGACUUGAGCAUUUCUAAGCAGGUGUAACAACAGCCAUCAAUGUGGUCAUCACCAUUUUGAGGUUGGCAAUUAUCCAGUUGAUUGAGAAAAUACCAAUAGCUGCUGAUUGAAUUGUUAGAAAAAGAGAAUGACUGACAUCAACUGUCAAGGACAGUUGAUCUAUAUCCUAGGAGAGGAUAAAACUUAUUGUAUGAUAUUGGAAUCAAUGAAAAAGAAUUCACUUCUUUUUAAAACAUCUGUGUGAAAAUUGACAGCCUCUUCAUUUUUCUCUUUCCCUCACAAAAAACAGGGGGGAUGAAAAUUGCCAGAGUCAAAAUCAUCAACCAGUUAAAAUGGUGUUUUCUGCCUAAAAAAUUUUCUCUGUUUAGCCUUCUUAAAACUUUAUCCACAGAAUCACCAAAAAGACUUGUUGAAAAUUUUAUCAGGUUAUCACAUCUAACAUAAGAUGUUUGUCAAUAUAGAACUGUUCUUGCUUAUCCUUAUUCUACUCUAAACACAAGCUGACUUGUCUAAAAAAACAAAAGAUUUUAAUUAAUGAUGUCUGCCAAAUAUAGUUCAUCUCAGCCUUUGAAUUGACAAUGCUCUUGACAUUAUUUUUGCAGUUUCAUCACAAUAACAAGAUCGUGGCUUUAAAAUGAAACAGUUUUACAUAUUUUUAAGUAAAACAUGUUUGACGAAUUUGUCUUGUAAGGCACAAGCCAAAAUUUUCUCACGCAGUCAAGUUAUUUAAUAAUAUAAUUUUCUCUCAGUAAUGCUGAUUUAUAUUUAUUUAUACAUAUAUAAAUGAAAUGGGGCUGUCAAAAGCUGAUUUACAAGUUCACCAAAUUUGUUUUGAUAAAUUAUAUAUGGAUUCAAUAGGAUCUAAAAUGCAUAUUAUAAUCAAUAUGGAAGAAAACAAGUGGAACUGUGAAACAUAGUUACUCCAUUAAGAUGCCUUCUUCAACCUUUUUACAGUUAUCCAAAUGAAUGUUCCCAAAAAUCAGAUUUUGUGUAAAUAACACUGUAGUCAAAAUGCAUCUUAUUCCAAUUGACAGACUUUCAGUUUUUGCUUCAGCGAUUAUAGACAGUGAAUGUUCUCUUCAUUAAUAAUCAAAGCUUUAGAGUAUUGUGUAGCAUUCUGCAUAUUAUAUUGAGAUUUUAAAUUGAUUGUUUUGUGUCCUUCAGUCAGAUGUGAGUGCACUGCUAAUUUUUGGCCCAUCAUUUCCUUUCCUGAUCAACUUUAUUUUGACUUGAAUUCUUAAUUACUAUUUAAAAAACGAACAGCAGUUUUAUCAGGUACGCCUCAUGUUUUUAGACCUGAUAAAACACGUGCUGUGGGUUUUUUAAAUAGCGUCAAAGACCUGUGCCUCUCUGGGGAUUUUUCCAAAGUUUAUAUGAAUGCAUUAAAUAACUUCAAAAACCCGUACCUCUCUAGGGAUUUUCUAAACGUGAUUUGAAUGCAUUAAAAGUUAAUUACAUACAGAGGGGAAAAGUGCUCCUUGUUCGGCUGCUGUUAAAGUUCAGAAAGCUUUUCCUUGAAAUGCCGCCCAAAUGCGUGUUUUGAGAACCAAAAAAUGUGAAGGAAGAGAAAGAUUACUUGGAUAGUUGUGUUCCAAGGGCCACUUGGUAUGGCACAAAGUGGGUUACAAAAUUUUUGGUGAGUGGCAAAGUUCAAGAAGAAAUAAAGACGCCAACUUGGAGGAAAUAGGAUUUAGAGUUGAAGUUGACAGUAUUCAAAACUGCACAAUUAAUUUUGUGAACAAUGGGAAAUUGUAAAAGAACGAAUUUCUGUUCUGACAAGAAUUUAUCAGGAAAAUAAACUUUGUUAAUUGUUUACUGCAAUUAAUGUUUUCAUAUGCUGCCUUUUGGGGAAUAAUUUAGUAUUAUAAUUAACGUGAUCUUUAUAUUAAUGAUUAUUAAUGAGUUUUUGAAGCUUGAAUAAUUCCUAGCAUACAAUGAUAUCAUUUUUAAAUUUUUACCAUCUUCAACAGUUCCUAUAGUAACUGAAAGGUGUGUAAGGAAUUCAAUAUGAUGGAACAGUAACUUAAUUCUUUCUGAUGAUAAUAUUGGUAUUACUGAUUAAUUUGUUGCUAAGCACUAAGAUGUAGUUGUAUUCAGCUGGGUAAGUCUGAGUAGUCCAUAAACAUACAAAACAGACGUGACAAUAUUAUAAUUAUUUCUGUAUGCCACUAACACAGCAGGGAUGGUUCGUGCUUUUCGCAAAAAUUCUUUUAAGCAAACUCUCUGACUCUGAAGGUUGUUGGCGGCUGAUUUUUGUCAAGCUUGUGAUAUAGAUUUUGUUUGAAAUAUUUGUGGACAUAAAAAUGAGUAAAGGAAAAGUACACAGUUUACACAUGGCAGAUGAUACAAUUGUUAUAACACCAGAUCAUCUUCAUGUUGAUCAGGUCACAGAAAUUGUUGGUGCUCCAAGUGCUGGAGCAAUCUCUCUGUUUGUAGGAACAACAAGAGAUAAUUUUAAUGGAAAAACAGUGGUGCGCUUGGAAUAUGAAGCCUACAUACCUAUGGCUAGAUCAGAGAUGCGCAAGAUCUGUCAACAAGUGCGGGAAAAGUGGGAAGUAAUUAAAAUUGCCAUCUUUCAUAGAAUUGGGGUGGUUCCCCUUGGUGAAGCCAGUGUGAUAAUUGCAGUUUCAUCAGCUCACAGGAUGAAUUCUCUUGAAGCUGUACAAUACUGCAUAGAUACUUUAAAAGCAACAGUACCAAUUUGGAAAAAGGAAGUCUAUGAACAAGGUGAACCAAGUUGGAAAGAGAAUUCAGAAUGUUUUUGGGCAAAAAAAGCCAGGUCAUCAAAACAGUCUACAGUGUAACAAAGAGCAGGCAAACCAUCUGCUAAAAUAAUUGAGCACUUCAUUACAAAUAAUUACAAAGAUCAUGUUUGCACUAAAGAGUUCUUCCAUCCUCACUUAAAACACAAACAUCCAAGCCACACAUCGUAAUGGAUACUGAUUUUACUCAUGCUGAACUUUUGAUUUUAUUCUUUUCUGUCUUCACUGACCAGUGUCAAAUCUUCAUUUCAGAGUCAAUUCAUUGCAUUGUGUAAAAAGCAUAAGUAAAAUUAAUGAAGUAAGGUAUAAAUGUCUUAUGUGAGACACCACUGAAUGCUAAAAAGAAGUAAAUAUUUUGAAACAACAUUCAAUUCAAUGUAUAAUCAAUAUACAUGGCAUUAGGCAUAAUCAUGUUUUACACAAGACAAGACUUGUGAUUGAACCUUUUCACUGGGGUACAAAACAGGUGGAAUACAUCUGGUCAUUUUCAGACGAUCUGUUUACUAGUUUGCCAUACACAGAACAAGAAUUACAUUUCUAAAUUUACUACCAACAAAAGGUGUUUCAAAACAUCGAAAAACCAGAUUACAAAGUUCCUCUCUACCACAUGAAAAGGAAUGUGAUACACAAACACAAGAGAAUAAAAUGUGCAAUAAUAACAAAUAA